GUAAUAAUAUUCCGAUGCGCGGCCGAAUCGUUUAGUCGCGUUUAUAUGAUCGUGUACAACAAUAUAUAUAAUUAUUCACAUUGACGAAAAACACUUACAUCGUAACUACGUACAAUUUCAUGAUUGAUAGUUUUACAAUUUUUCCCCCUUCCGAUUCACCCUCCAAAAAUGGAUAAAAUAUAAACAUUCGUACCUAUAAUACAGUUUACAACCAGAUGACUUUCAUCGUUCAUUCUCCUCCGAACUGAUCUCUAAAAAGGUAAGAUAUACAAUAAUAAUAAUAAUAUUAUAUCCGUACAAAGUGUAUACCUAUCUAUACUGACUGCAAUACUUUGAUGUUUGAAGUUUAUACGUGGUAUAAUAUUUUAUAGAUUCCGGAAUGAAACGAGCUAGUGUUAUAAUAAUAUAUAUAUAUAUACAUACACACAAAUAGGAAAUAGGAAUGUAUUUAUUGAUUUUACAAUGAAGUGUGUGUAUAUAUGUAGUUUUUAUGUUUUUUCUUUCUGGAUAGUAAAAAAAGUACCUCGGAAGUUUUUAUUAGAAUAUAGAAUUAACUGACUGUGAUGUCCAGAUAAAUGAAAAACUAAAGCGAAAAAUUACUGAGCAAAAACACUAUUUUAGUAAUUUGGUUAAGAUUACUACCAUAAUAAUUCCCAAAUUUUAGAUUCUGAAUGGAGCGAGAAUUGUAUUGGUUUUACAAUGAUGUAUUUUUUUUUACCUCUAAUGAUAGCAAAUUUUCUGAAAGGAAAUCUGACUGGAGUUGUACUUUAAGGAGGUAGUUUUUCAAUUUUCUCAUAGGUUUUCUCAUAAAAUGUGAAAAUCCAGGAAAAAACAUAGGAAAAUAGGGACAAACGUAGGAAAAACGGGAAAAUCGGUACAUUAAACAAAUAUUACUAAAAAGAUUAUACAAUGCCUAUUUAACUAUUUUACCACAAUAUGACAUAUAUAUUGUUCACAAAGCAUUGGUAAUCGCCUAGGCAAUCUUCCGUGUACGGGACAAUGUGAUUUAGUAAGACCCUGGAAAAAACCUUAUACGCAGAGUUCAAAAGUGAUUUGUCUCUAUAAUUGUCACAUCUAUUCUUAUCUCCUUUUUUUGCAAUGGUAAUGAUUGCUUCAUUCAAACUAUCCGGUAUUCGUUGUUCAAUCCAUAUUAGCUGAUACAGUCUGUAGAUUAGUUUGUGCAGCUCUUCACUUCCAUAUUUUGUGAGUUCUGUAGUUUUUCCGUUCCCGUAUGAAAACUUCUGUAGUAAUUCUGAGUAAACAACCAGAGUUAUGAUUCAUAUGUUAUUAUUAUGAAUUCUUUAAUGCGAUUACGUAAAAUUAUAAUAAAAAUAAUAUCCAUUUUCCCUAUCAUAACAUUCGAGUUCCAAGUUCGUGUCCUUUGGAUAAUAAUAUUAUAAUAUAAUUUUAGUAGAAUUCAAAGAACCCACGAUAGAAACAAGGUCAAACGUAAUUUUUAAGGAUUUUAUAAACAAUUUAUACAGUUACUCUUUGAUAUUAUAAAUUUUUAAUAUUUAAAAUAAUCAUAACUGUCGGGACUUAAACAAGGCCGUUGUCGCAGCCGAUAACGACGCAUGCUCUAACGAUGACUUCGCUAGUUGUUGCGUUACUAUCAACGACAAUCCUAAAAUAUACAAUUUUACGGUCACAAAAUUCAGUUUUCAGAAUAAUUGUUGUGAGUUAAUAUAAUAUUUAAAUUCGCUGUAAAUGUAUAACACACGGUGACUCCCGAGCAUUUGUCUGUUUGUCUGUUUCCGACCGCUACGCCGCACCUGCAUAUUAUUGCGAACGACUGGUAAUUUUGUCAAAUAAUAGUCGGUUUUCAUUACCAUAUUUAUUAUUUUUUGUUUAAUAGCUCUAAUAGCUAAUAUUUUCAUUGUGUUUGUUUAUAUUAUUUGUCUGUACAAGUCGUCGCCACUGAUUGUCAUCGAUAGCGUUGGCUCAAAUAACCAAGACAAUUUAUAUUUUUUUAUUUUAUCUUAUACUGCUGGCUCGAAUAGCCUUUCGUAGAAGUUCUGUUUUUUUACAUAUUUAAGGUAGGUAAGCAGCUGACCAGUCUACGCUUUGUAUAUCUACUAUAUGUAACAUUUUUUAUAUUAUUUUAGAUUCAGAGUGGAAUGAAUAAGCUUAAAGUUUUACAAGGACGUUUAUUUGUUUUUUCUUUAUCUGUGUGCAACUUUUUUAUCAGAAACCUUGCUCCAAUUAUUGAGUGUAGUAUCUUUUCUGAAAGAAAAUCGGUGCGAAAAAAUACUUGAGAAAGGUAAUUUUUCGAUUUUCCCAGAAGUAUUCUUAACAAAUGUGAAAAAUCGGGAAAAGAAUAUGGGAAAACCGAGAAAAACGUAGGAAAAAGGCAAAAAUAGGAGAUAAUAAAGCUAAUCAAAUUCUGUUUUAGUUGAGCGAAACUGAAAACCGAAAAAUAUAAGACAUGGAGAUAUUAGUUAAAAUAUAAUGCGGCCUUCUUUUUUUCUGUGCAGUGACUGCACCCACGUGCGAAGUAUGUUCGGUUUUUUUAAAUCAAAUCUAGAUGUCUGUAAGUCUCAGGUAGUUUUUUUAGAUAAGUGAUAAAAAUAUUGAAAUGUAGAAAAUUAGCUAAAAGUAUAUAUUUUUGCAUUUCCCACCUGCCUAAAGGAAAACUAUUUUUAAUUUUAGACAAUCUGGCUGAAAUUUGUUGUGCUACUAUUUGAGUGAAAUACAUUGUUAUUACCUUUAGCUUACGUAUAUACGCAAUGAAAUAUCAAAUAAAAUCACCACCAUGGGGGAAAUAAUGUUUCACAGGUGAUAUUAUAUUACUCUAUGUAAGGUUUGAAUAAUAUAUAAUACAAGACGUAGGUAUAUCGUACUUCAACUCGAGCCUAUCCAUUUUAGUUUUAGACGUCGGUAUACGGUCUGUAGUCAAACACGUCGUUUUAACACGUGAAAUCAAUACCUACUGCUUAUUAAUACAUCUUUAUGUAGCUACUUCAACAUUUUAUGAAAAAUUUUCCCUCUUCGAAUGAGAUUUUUUUCCAUUCAACUUUUGACAAUAAUUUCAGUAUGUGUAGGUACCGUUUAUAAUGGCUUUAUUUCGUUUUAUAUGAACUACUAUAAAGUUCACUUUCUUUUUUUUUUAAUCUUUAACACGUUUUGUUUUGUGAUUAUUUUCCGUAAUAUAUAUUUUUUGUAACGUACCUAUGUACCAUUAAUAAUCAAUUAAGUAUACCUACAUUUUAAUUUUAAAUACCUAUAUAAAGUCUACAAAGAAAGAUUUCUUUUAAUAGUAGUACCAUUUAACUAAAAAUAUUUCGAUAACAAGUAAAAACGUUAAUUUCCGUCUCACAGUAAUUUCUAUUUAAUUGAUAGUUGUUUUUUUAUGUUUUCUACAGUAAUACUGUCUUUAAAUUUACUCUCAUUAAAUUCACCCAAUUUCGACCGUUUCUUAUAUACAUUUUUAAUAUUACAUAGAAAGCUAGUAAAAAUAAAAUAUUUUAUUUCAAAAUUUUAUUUUUUACUAAACAAUUUAUGUCGUUUAACUACGUUCAUUCUAAUGUAUAGUAAUAACUAAUAAUUAUCAACUUUUCUUCUACUAAAUGAAGAAUAAAUAGACAAUAUAUCUAAGAACCUCCUAUCUGCUUUUAUUUUUUAAAUUUUGUACAUUGAAAACGAUUCUAUUGUAAGUCUAAAGACCAUACAAAGGUCACCUUCAAAAAUGAUUUUUGGUAACGAAUUUUGUCUAGUUAGUGAUUUUAGAAGAUCAUUCUAUCAUUUAUUUACUUUUAUUAAUAAUGCGGAAAAACCGGAAAAAAAUUACAUUCAAGCAAUAAUGGAUUCUAUUCAUUUCGAUGUGGUUCUACUUAUCAGUGAAAAAUAAUUACAGAAACCUGAAAUUUUCAUCAAAUAAUAAUAUUACCACUUUCUUGGCGUAAUACGACUUUUAAAAUAUGCUGGCGUGGUUUUAGUUAUUUGCAUUUUGCGUACAACUGCUUAAGUACCUAGUUACUAUUGAAUAUUUUCCAAUUGUUUGUUUGAUAAAACUUUUUUUGCUCAAAUAAAAGUAUUUAACAAUUUAAUCAUUUUUAAUUAAAAAUAACCAUGGAUCUCUCAAUACUAAUACAAUUAUUAAACCGUUAUUUAGGUAGGUAGUUUCUAAACGAUUAAAUUCUAAUCAAUUAGAAAUGCAAUGUGAACUAAAUAGGUAGCCGCUUAUAACCUCUUCGUUUCGCAUUAUUUUUAUUAUGUACAUGGUUGAUGUGUUAAUUACUCUACGAUAUAAUAUAAUUAUGCAUAAUUGCCAAUGUAUAGCUAACGUAUACUUUACCUACUUUAUGUUAAUCGUGGGUUUUACACGUUAUUUUGACGUAGCUACAUAAAAGAAGUACAAAGAAUAAUAAUUGUAUACACAUUUAUACCUACCUACCUAUUUUGGAAGCAGAUUAAAUUCACAAUAUAAAGAUCGAUGAUAUUAAAUGUACACAAAUAUUAACUCAAUUUUCCAACUGCUACAUAAAUAUUCUUUUUAUGAAUUUCAAAAAACAAAACGUUUGUACUUUAAUAAAACGUGAUUAACUUAUAUACUUUACGUCUAAAACUCAAUCGUAAUAUUACGAUAUACGGUAUAAAUCUACGAUAUUAAUUAUUCGUUGAAAACCCGUACCUUUUUUUUUUUUUAUCCUAUCGAUGAAAUACUAUAAUUCCUUUCAGUUAUCCCACCAUUUAACAUAUGUUACCCUUAUUAUUAAUACGUGUAAGUUAGUGGAGAUGUACUAUAGAUACUUACGUUGGUACGCAUAAAGCCCCGAGGGUAAUGAACAUUUUUCUAUCGACCUUGUAAUAAUCGUUCUUUGCAGCUAUCUAUGGUAUAGAUAUACCUAUGUAGAUAUUUGUGUCAUUUACUUAAACAUUAAGAGGGGCGAAGAGGGUACUCUUCUGAUCAAAUUAAUUUCAAUGGUCCGAACCAUUUCCUAUGUCAUUUGCACGAAAACUACAACAACAAUACGCGACCAAACAUGAAAAAUAUAAAUUAUUAUGUAUGUGCUAGUAAAUUUACUCAGAAAUAAGUUUUAAACUACAUAGUGCUUUUCAUAUUUUAAAUAUGUUUUAUGCGUAAUUUUAUAAUUUAAUAAAUUUAAUUAAAUUGUAUACUUGGUAUUUUAUCUCGUACUUUAAAUCUUAAUUAAAUAUAGUGUAGAGAGUUAUACUUACGACUUACGGGAAUAUCCAAAGAAAUAAUAAAACGAUAUUCAAGUGAAGCAGACGUAGUUAUUUCUGUUUAGUUCAAUUGUUACUAAACCUAUGUAUAUGUAUUUAGAAGACUAUUAAAUUGAUCAAAUAACAUUGACAGUAAAGACAUUUCCUUUUGAGUGUGAACAUAUUUUCAAUAUUUUGAAUAGGUAGGUAUGUAUAUUAAAUAUUUUCUUAAAGUGUCUAUUACAUUUUAUAUUUAUAAAAUAAUCUAGGUACUUUGUAGGAGUGGCACCAUAGAUAUUGUCUAUUGGCGUUAAAAAAAAUCCUCGUAUUAUGAUAAAUUUAUUUGAUUUAAACGAAUAAAAUUUCUCAAUAAAUAGUUGGUAAAUCAAGUGUAUAAAAAAAAAAUGUCAAAAUUGCCCAUAGGCAAGAUAUUUGUCAAUACAAUGAUAUCAUAAAAUAAUAUUAUUUAAUAUAAUAAAUAUAAAAUAUUAUUUAUUUUUGUAUUUUAUAGUAACUUGGAAGAUUAACACAAUGACCAAUACUACUUACGGUGUGGACUUUAUAAAUUUGAUUGUAGAUACACAAAAUGGCAUCAAAAAUUUAUUAGACAAAGAAUUAAAAUUCGGUAAGUAUAUGGUUUACAAUGAUGCUUUUUUUUUAUCUGUGAACAACUUUUCUAACAGAAAACUUGCUCUGGUUUUCAAGUGUAUCACCUUUUCUAGAAGAAAAUUUUAUCUGGGUGUUAUAUAUACUUUAAGGAAGCCAUUUCUUGAUUAUCCAAAUGGUUUUCAUAAUAGUUGAGAAAAACCGAAAAAUUUGCGAAAUUUAUUAUUUUCAAUUUUGUUUCUUCGUUGUGAUUCAGUUAAAUAUAAUAUUCGUAAAGACUUAAAAAUUUGACAGAAAACUUAUAUUUGCCUUUUCUAGGCGUGGUCAAAUUUUCAAAACAUUUUAGUCAUUUUUGAGCUAUGGAUAGAUAUUUUAAUUUUGCGAAAUAUAGUGAAAUAUAGAAUUUUUUUUUAUAAAAAUUUUAACAUCAAAUUUUGACGAAAAUCGUAAAUAUUACGGCCUUUCAAAACAAACAACCGAACGCUACUCAGGAUCUUUUUCGUUAGCAGUAAUUAAUUGUUACGUAUACAUAUACAUUAAAUUAUCCUCUAUAUUCUACCUUCACAACUUCUCACCAAGAAUAGUGUCCCGCCCAUAGUGCAAAGUAUGUCCGUCUUUUUUUAAUACACUAUUGCAGUGGCGUAUCCUGUUUUGCCACCGCUCCAUAAUUCUCAAAUUAUUUUUUUUUUAAAACAUAAUUUUAAAUUUAUGAUUAGUAAAGCAAUAGAUGGACACGGUGAACAUAGAUGAGACUAGAUAAUAAUAUAGGUGUAAUCGAAAAAAUAAUCGUUGGUAGGUAAAACCUACCUAUAGGUUAUAGGUAUUAUUAUUAAUUUAUAAUAAUUGAGUAAAUCAAAAUGCUAGGGCGAUUUAUGACAUGAAUAUUAUGGCUUGAAAAAAUAAUUAACUUGUUUUCAACUGGGCAUAGUUAAUUUUAUGUUCCAUCUUAACUAUAAACUUAUCGGAUUCAAUUUUUUCUUUGUUAACUUUUAACUUUUAACUGAAAGCAAUUUAAUUUCGGCGUAACUACGACCUUUUUUUGUGAAGUGAUAUGAAUAUUUGUUGAAAAUAUCAAGACAAAUUAUAGCUAAUAUACAUUAUACUAGAUAUAUUACACAAUAUUAAACUACUAGUGCAAAUAUUAAAUAACAAGGGAGCUAAAUUAAUAAAUAAAUACGCUACCAUGAUAAGCUGGUAAGCUAUUUUGCUGAUUUCUCCAUCUGCUCUAUUGAAUUUGUCUACAGCGCUGCUCUGACAUUAUAUUUAUCUCCUAAUUGUAUAUUUAUAUGAAAUAAUAUGCAUACUGUAUUUAUAAUUUAUUUUACAGACGAUACAGUUGACUCAUGGUUUUUUAUGAGUACACCAUGGCCAAUGUUAUCGAUUUUGACGGUUUAUUUAUUAUUUGUAUUGAAAUUAGGCCCAGAGUUGAUGCAAAACCGUGAACCGUUUAAAAUAAAAUAUAUAAUGAUGAUCUAUAAUCUUAUACAAACCAUAUAUAAUAUGUACAUUGUAUCACACGUGAGUUUAUUUUAGAUAUUAAAAAACUUUAUUUUUUAAAUCAAAUUUAAAAUAAGUACCGUGUAUAUAUUUGUACCUAAUAUAUAACAUUACAUUUUACAAAAAAAAAAAAAUAAUAUUCAUUAUUUUCUAUACUUUCUAUAUUUGUUUUUUUUUUUUUAAUGUUAACCUUAUAUGCCUAUAUUAUAUUAACGCGUAUCAUACCGAACAAAUAUUUUGGUUUUUAAAUUUAAAAAAAAAAGUAUCAUACUAUAAAUAGUUUUUUAAUAUUAUUUAUAGAUGGGUUAUGUCAAUUUCCCUCGGGUCCCUAUAGUAUUAAUGGAAUUCAACGCAAUAAAGUUGUCUAAGUCCACAUCUGUAUUGAGUUUUUCGUCUUUUCGUUUAAAUAUCCCUAGUCUGAUCCUUUUCCCCUGUCUCUCAGCCCCACAUCAAUAAUCACUCAAACGAUUCGUUUUUCCUCGAUUCGACAGUAUUAUAGCUAUAUCUGCAAUAUCAACCGUUCUUCAAAAACCUUGAGUUCCAUUAUAUAUAUUCUAUAUUAAUAAUUUUAGUUGAUACUUCGUACCCACCAUCUACCACCGUCAUUCUGUACUACCAUCACAUGGGUGUUUUAAAAAUUUUCUGAAUUCCAUCUCGUGUUGAUUGUGCUAAUAAAAUGAUGAUACCUAAUAAAUUAUAAAAACCCGAUAUGAUUCCUCAUCACACAAUUUCUAAUUACAUAAACCAGAUCAAAUUUGUAAUUACAUUAUUUAAUGUUGUUAUGUUCAAACUACAAUAAGCAAUAAUCAAAAACAUAUUUUCAAAUAGAUAAACAAAUUUUUAAUAGAGGAAAAUAUGGUCAUUAGAAAAUUAAACAAUUUUCCCGUGGUCAUAUUUUCAUCUAGCUAUAUUUGUAUUUAACUAUAAUUUUCUCGGGCUUAAUAGAAAAACUAAAAGCUCAUAAAAAAAGUUCAUGUUUUUCUUCUAACCUUACUUUCUUCCGCAAAUUUUUCUAUUUAACCUUUAUUACCUAAACUCGAAUAGAGUUCAUAAGGACGGAAAAUCGAAAUUCACAGGUAUACUCGUAAAUUCUGACAAACUCCUGAAAAUCACAUAAUUAAAUAAAAUCCACUUAAUAGAAAUAAUAGAUAGGUGUACCUACUUUACAAAAUGUUAUAUUUAUAUAUUUUAAUGUUAUUAAUUUGUGGUUUUAAAUAAAAUAUUACAGAUAUUCAGGGUACCUGGUAUAGCCUCUUAUUUAUAUACCAACGCGUGUCAUCCUGUUGGAAAUGAUGACGAAUUCAACUUUUUAUUUAAGGUGGUAAGAUAACGUAUUUUUAAUAAGAAAAUAUAUAGAUACCUAACCAGGUACCAAUAUUAUUUAUUCGUAUGAAUUUAAACGAUUUCAGUUUUUCGUAUUUUAAUCGGAAAAAAAAAUUUAAGGUUAUAAUAAAGUAGGUAUCCCACCUAUAAGUAUCUAUAUCCUAAAAAAUCAACUGAACAUCGCGUUUAAAUAUAAUUAUUAUAUUAAUUUCAUGCACCGGAAUCAUUCAUAUAGUGAACUCAAAAAUCGUAAUUUUAUUUUAUUAACGAUUUUAAACUACUAUAGUAUAACGAAUUAUUAGUUCUGACUUAUAUUACACAUUACUUAUUUUAUUUACAGUACUAUGAACAGUCAUGGCAUUUCUUUAUAAGCAAAUUACUUGAUCUUUUCGACACUGUAAGUAUACAAAUAAACUAUUCUAUUUUAAUGAUAUUUUUAUCAUAUGCUAAUAAUGAGAUAAGGAGCUAAAAAACAAUCUAAAUAUUAAAAACAUUUCUAACUGUUUCAUUUUGAACUCCAUAAAACUUACUAUUCAAACCUUUGAUGUAAAAAUUAAAUAUGAAUUUUAAGUAGUACUAUUCAAAAAAGUAUUACAAUUGUAGUACUUAGCUUUAAACUCGUUUUUAUUACGACUAUCCAGAAAUAUAUUGAACAUGUUUUCUAAUCAAUGUACUAUAUACAUACAUUUAAAUUCAUCCCACGAGAAGCGGCAGCUCCCACCCCCUCCCCGUCACUUGAUACACACAAUUAUAUUUAUAAAUAAAAUAAAUAAUAACUAGGUAACUUUAACCUUUAUUUAAGUGUAUAUGUAGUAAUGUAGUAUUUAGUGUAGUACUUUAAUAAUGUAUUUCAAAUUUUCAACUAAAUACCAAUAUAUGAUGUUUGAUUUUAGGUAUUCUUCGUGUUGAGAAAAAAACAAACUCACGUAUCAUUUUUGCACGUUUAUCAUCAUGUGAAUAUGGUCAUUACUAUAUGGACGUUUUUAAAAUUUAUCAAAUGUAAACUUAAACUUCCGAAAUAAGUAUUUAUUCGAUCGUGUAAUUUUAAAUUUAAAUUUUAACCACAAUUAACUGAAAUGAAUAUAUAAUCUUCCGAUCGACAUAUUAUAAUAUAUAGACACGUAAAUAAUUGAUAUUUGACUUAGAUUAACAUGAAUAACUGGAUUUUGUUGACUUGUAUGUAUACAAAAAGACAGACGUACUUCGUAUAAUGGGUGGGCCACUGUUGAAGGUGAAACGUUAGGAUAUAGAGAGAAAUUGAAUGUAUAUCUGUAUGCAGCAAUUAAUCAUUGCUAACGAAAAACGAUUCUGAGUGGAGUUCAGUGUUACAUAUUUUUAAUGGCCGAUAUAUCAACGAUUUCGUCAAAAUUUGAUGUUAAAAUUCUUAUAAAAAAAUUCUACAUUAUUCUCUAUUUUAUUUUUUUUUUACCUCAAAAAAAGAUAUAUAGUGAACCUCAUGUUAAGUUUUCAAGCAUUUCUGUCUGGUCUAAAAAUGUUAUCAAUGGAGUACUUACCGAAUAAAAAUUAUGUAAAGAACUAGUCAAAUUAAAAUGUCAAUAAAUAGCUUUAAAAAAAUGCUAAAAUGUACUAAAAUUUGAUCACAUUUAGAAAAGGUAAAUAUAAUUUUUUUUUCGAAAUUUCAAGUCUCUACAAAUAAUUAAAAACCGCUUAGAAAAUAAAAAGAAUACGUUCAUAAAGUAUCACUAAGAAAAAAUUUCCUUACAGAAAAAGUGCUACAAUUCAAAAUCGUAGCAACAUUUUUUUUGGCAUCAUACGCUGAUUUUGCUAGGCACGGCACUGUAAAAUAUUAUCAUAAUACUAUUAUUUCGUAUUAUAUCAUACUAAAUAUUUUUAAUGUUUGAGGUGAGAACGAUUGGCUACAGUAAAAUAUUAAAAUAAAAACUAGGUAAAAUAUGAAAAUUAAAACUGACUGAAUUAUAUUGUUGACAACUGUUAAGUUUGCUAAUAAUUGUAAAUGUUAAUAAUUUUUAAUUUUUAAAAAACUACGAACAGGUUAACCUUAACUAUAUUUUUAAAUAAUAUAAAUAAUACGGUUAUUAUAUUCUAUACGCAGGUCAUCAAGGAGUCCCUUGUGGUAUUCUGAACGCGACCGUUCAUUCGAUUAUGUACAGCUACUAUUUUCUUUCGGCUUUCGGUCCUAAAAUGCAAAAAUAUUUAUGGUGGAAAAAAUACCUGACCCGUUUACAAAUUGUAAGUGUACUUAUACAUUUUUAUUAGGUGUCUGCAUGUUCGAUUCAUGAUAUUUCAAAACAUUUACUAAAAUAAUAUUGUAUUAUUUUUAUUUUCAGAUUCAAUUCAUAAUAGGUCUUGCAUACGGAACAUCCUUAUUUAUUUACGAUUGUACUUUUCCGAGAUUGUUUAGCUUUUACAUGAUAUUGGACGUCAGCCUAUUUUUGUAUUUAUUUUUGAAAUUUUAUAAAAAGACUUAUAAUACAAAUAAAAAGUCUCAAUAAACUUGAAAAGCCGAAUAAAACAUCACGUUAAGUUAUAUUUAACGAUAUUAAAGAUCUCCUUAAUGAUUCGUCUCGACGAUAAUUGGAUUAAACUUGCUGUAUUUUAAUUCAAUACUUUGUUCAUUUUAAAACAGAAUACAAAGUAAAUAAUAAAACCAUGUUUCAUAUUUGUAUCAAAAUUAUACAACGAUAGACAAAUAUCCAUCUCACAGAGACUUUUUCAUGUUUUAUAGAACAUUUAAGAAACAAACAGCUCUACAAUUUUAUAUUAUAUUUUUUCACCCUUAUUUUUGGGGUUAAAAUCACUACAUACUUAUGAUUUUCCUAUAUUUUAACCUAUAUUAAGAACUAAUAUAAAUAUAUGUAGUAUUAGUUAAAUACAUGUUGGUGUUAAAAUUUUUGAUUUCCGUCAAUCCGUUCACGAGAUAUUCCACUUUUAAGUUUAGGUAAAGGGAAAGUAAUGAUGCAUUACUAAAACACCACGCGCCGCUCCACUACACAAAUGAUGUUCCACUACUCACCCUUUACUGAAACUUAAAACUGGGAUACUUCGUCAACGGAUUGAAAAACAAGAAUGUUAAAAAUAAAAUUUAUUUUAACUAAUACUCCAAUUAUUUAUGGAAUUUUUAAUAUAGGAUGUCACUUGAAAAUCAAAAGUAGGUAUAGUAGUUUAACUUCCAAAAGUUAGGUUUACAAAAAAUAAAAUGAGCAUAAAAUUACAGAGCUUCUUGUUACUUAAAUUUUCUAUAAAACAAAUUCCGAAAAAAAAUAUUAUUUUCCGAGAUAAUAUGAGUCUUUUGAUGGAUUGAUCACUCCACUCUGUAUAUUAAGUAUUACAACGUAGUCAUACCGAUCAUUAAUAAGUAAAAAAUUAAUUUUAUAUAAAUAUUAAUAUCUUAUCUAUAUAAGUAGUCGUAUAGAAAAAUUGAAGAUUUUUCAAGUUUAUGAUCUAUAUUGACUUUAUUACAGAAUUUAAGUACUUGUAUAUUUUGAUUUAAUUCGAUAAUAUUAUUUUAAUUUAUUCGAAAGAAUAUAAUAUGGCUAAAAUUAUUAUUUAAAAAUAAACUGUUGUAAAUGUAUUAUUUUUUGACUGUCUACCAAUUAUCUCAUUUUUCUACAUUUUAGAUUCGAAGCAUGUCAAAUAAUAUGUUAUCAAAUAUCAAUCCUAGUAAUUUAAAACAAGGCUAUUAUCAAAUAAAAAUGUGUCAUAAAUUUUGUUAAUACUUAGUUAAUCAUUUGAAAAAAGUGAAAUUAGAUAAGAUUUCAAAUCCUUAAAUAAAAAAUAAAUAUAAUAAAUUUCCC